CAAAUGUCAAUUCUAUCUUGACAUUUUGCAAAAAUAUUCAUAUUCAUAUUUUUCACUCUCAAUUUCUCAAAAUAAAAAAAAGCCGGCGGUGACAGGUCACAAGACUUUGUCGCUCUCAGAAUUUUAAUAAUAAAUUAUUAGUAUAUUGAUCAAGUUUGACUGAAUAUAACAAAUAUAAAAAAAUACAAUGGCUUUUUUACCUAAACCGAAAAGUGUAUUUGCGUUUGCAAGAUAUUACGCAAAAACUCGGAUCAUAACAGGAUCUAUAAGAAAUUUAAUGUCAAAGCAACUGAUGUACAGCGAAUUUGGAGAUCCUUUACAAGUUGUAAAGAUUACAGAAAGUGAAGUUCCUGACCUGGGCUCUCAGGAUGUUCUCGUUCGCAUGUUAGCGGCACCAAUCAACCCAGCUGAUAUAAACACCAUCCAAGGUAAAUACCCAGUAAAAUUGCAAUUGCCUUGUAUCCCUGGAAAUGAAGGAGUUGGGAUUAUUGAGAAGGUUGGGGAAUGUGUAUCCGGAUUUAAACCAGGAAACAAAGUUAUAGUUACAAAGCCUGUUCAAGGAACUUGGAGGAACAUUGGCACAUUCAGCCCAUCUUCAUUGAAAGUUGUGCCAGAUGAUAUAGGAUUAGUGGAAGCUGCCACUCUCACUGUUAAUCCUUGCACUGCUUAUAGAUUGUUAACAGAUUUCCAACCAGUUCAGAAGAAUAAUCUGGUUGUCAUACAGAAUGGAGCUAACAGCGCUUGUGGCCAAUGUGUCAUACAGAUCUGCAAGGCAUGGGAUGUGAGAAAUAUUAACAUUGUGAGGGACAGGCCACAUAUAGAUGAAUUAAAAAAUCAUUUGUAUUCCUUAGGAGCUACUCAUGUACUCACAGAAGAAGAAUUGCGAUCAACAAAAAUAUUUAAAGAUAAACUAAUUGACAAACCAAUGCUGGCCUUAAACUGUGUUGGAGGGAAAAGUUCAUUAGAAAUGUUACGGCACUUAAACCAUUCCGGGAGCAUGGUCACCUAUGGAGGAAUGUCAAGGGAACCAGUUACCAUUCCAACAUCUGCAUUUAUUUUCAAAAACUUAGCAUUUUUUGGUUUCUGGAUGACUGCAUGGAAUGAAAUGGCUAGCAGCACUGCUAAAGAAGAAAUGAUGUCCCAUUUAAUUCAGUUGAUAUCAGAGAAAAAGCUGAGAGCCCCUGUGCACAAAUUGGUGAAAUUUGAUAAUUACCAAGAAGCCAUUAGUGAAACUCUAACUACGAAAGGAUUUCAAGGAUGCAAAUAUGUUUUAGACUUUAGAAAAAAUUGUUGUUUGCCAGCUUUACCAACUAUACCAGGAGAUGAAGGUGUUGGUGAAGUUGUAGAAGUGGGUAAACUUGUCUGUAGAUUGAAGCUUGGUGACAGAGUUGUCCUAUCAUCCAGGCUGCUAGGCUCUUGGCGGUACUAUGGUGUUUAUAACGAAAAACAAAUCCAUUUUAUUUCAAAGAACCUUCCUCUUCCUGAAGCUGCCAUGUUGUCCAUAGCCCCAUGUAUGGCAUACAGGCUGCUGAAUGAUUUUAGAAAUGUGCAACAUGGAGAAACAAUCAUACAAAAUGCUGCAAAUAGCGCAUGUGGUCAAUCUGUUAUACAACUGUGUAGAGCUCGAGGCAUAAACACCUUUAACAUUGUUGCUAGUCACUGUGGGUAUGAAGCAGUCAAAGCAUAUUUGCUUGAUUUAGGAGCUACAGCAGUGUUUACUUUAGAAGAAGCAGAAGAGCUCACUGCCUUUGACACAUCCUUAGCUAGACCUGUACUUGCCUUAAAUUGUUUAGGUGGUAGAUACGAAGAUGUCAUGCUGAAAUUACUUGAAAGAAAUGGAGUUAUAGUUUAUUAUGGAUGUGGCUAUGAUCUACCUUUGACAAAACAGUUCUUACGGUGCGAUGCCCAGUUUCAUAAAUUUCAUCUUCACGAAUGGGAAUGCAGGGCUUCCUGUUUGGAAAGAGACGUCAUGUACAAAGCAAUAACUCAAGAUAUGGUACAAGGUAAAUUCAGGGCACCUGUAUAUCAAGCUGUAGAAUUGAAAGAUUACGUUUAUGCUUUUAAAAAUACUCAGCAUUGUGAAGCAUUUACAACUAUGAAUUAUGUUUUUGAUUUUACGAUAUAAUAACCUGAAAUUAAUUUUAACAAAUGUUUAUUUAUGAAUGCGACCCUUAAUAAAAAAAAAAGAAACUUAAGUUGACAGAUUCAUGACAGUGAAAAAGUGUCAAGUCAAUGUGAAUGUGACAUUCGAGUAAACAAAACAGUAUUACAGAAGAUUGUUUUACAAAAAUAAAUGUACUGUAGAAGACAUAAAAUACAUGUUCCUACUGAGUAUCUAUAAUGGUUAAAGGUAAAUAGAAGAUAAAUGUAAAUGAAUGCGUAUGCGUAAUAAUUUAAC